AUGCGUAUUUUUGUGUCGUCUGAUGAAACAGGAAAUAUAAAGGAGGUCAUCUCUGCUCCUGGGGUUGACACUUCGAAAAAGGAUGGAGAACAGCCGGAGUUGGUCAACAAUAUUCUCCAAGCAUCUGACCUCACUAAUGUCAAGAACAGAAUUGUCCACUUAGCUACUUUCCAGGAAAAAUGGAUUGUUUCUUCACGUCUUGGAGGAUUCUUAACUGUUUACGAUAUGUUCAAUUCUUCUGAAGUCCCGGAAGAAAACUACAACUUGUUGCAUAACUAUAAACUUCCAGUGGAGAGUGGAGAUAAACCAGUUGCAUUGAUUAAGUUUGAGAAGGAUGACUUCGUCAUGGUGGCAUUCGAGUCUUCAGUGGUCUUCAUAAUAUUCUUUAAUGGUGGUAAAUUCGAUGUGAAGCCGAUCUCAAUUUCCAUCCCCAUAAGACCUGUGAAUGAUGAAAAAUCCACUCUUUCUACUUUUGUCCACAAUCCAUACAUUCCUGGCAUCUUUGCUUCAGGAGGAAAAAAUAACGACCUUCAGGUAGUUAAGCUUUUCGACAAAAAGAAGAACUUCACGGGGAAGGAUUCCAAGUCGUCAAGUUCGUGGAAAAUCAAGGUGGAGUUCGAAGCUGAAAACGUAGAACCAGAUCACCUCGGAAUUGAAGCUCCUAUCUGGAUCUCGGGCAUUUUGUUUUGCAAAGAUGCCCCAAAGAAGGGCUACAAGUUAAUUACAUCUACAAGAUAUGGUAAUAUUCGCAAGUAUGAUACCGUGGAAGAUACUGAACCUAUUGGCUCGUACAAGGUCUGCGAUAAGGCAAUUCUGACUCUUAAUUUCGCCUCAAAUGAGCAAGACGAGAUUAUUAUCUCUGAUACUCACACCUUUGUUGCUCGUCUUUCUUUGACCAAGGUGGAUGCAAGGGCCCAGAGGAUUGUGUCUGCAUCGGCCGGAACAUUCUACAAGCCGAGCUUGAAGUUGCUUGGAAAGUAUUCAGAAGGAGGAAACACUGGUGCCAUCCACGGAGUUGAUGUUGAUUUUACAAACAACGUUGUAGCAUUUGGUGGUUUGGACAGAUAUUUGCGUGUUUUCAAUGUGUCCUCUCGAGCCUUAGUCCUGAAGAUUUAUUUGGGUACACAGAUUUCCUCUCUAGUUAUACUAGAUGCGUCAGAUGCUAACCUAGACUCCGAAGAGAAGAAGAGGGAAUUGGAGGCUGAAGACGAUGACGAGAAGUUCUGGAACGACUUGGACCAAGAUGAGGAAGCACCAGCCCCCAUCAUUAAGAAGAAAAGAAGAAUAUAG